AUGGCUUACCGAAAUAAAAGAAGACGGAAGUGUAUUGAGAACCAAACCAAAAAAAUUAAAUUAAACGAUACAAAUAAUGACGAAUUUGAUAGCAAUGUUGUCAUUGAAACUAAUGACAAAAACACAGAUAAGGCAGUACCAGAUAAACUAGAAAAGGUUGAAAACAAACGAAUUAAAACAAGGAGUAAAGAUGGAUUCGAGGAAGAUAAAAAAAUAAUGACAGCAGAAGACCUUGAUAACUAUAAAAGAGUGGAGGAAAGAACGAAAGUUGUGAUAAAUAAGAGUAAAAUUGCAACUUUUAGCGAUCAAGGCCUAUUCAAAAACACAGUCAAAUCGAAAAUAAACACAAUGUACAAUUACAAAAAUGAUGAAUCGGAGACGAGAACAUAUAUCUUGAAAAGGUGGGAAUUGUUGCCGGAGCCCCUCAAACAGUUAAUAAUAGAUGAGGCGGAGGAAUACUCAAAAGUGGACCAGACCAUAAGUUACCAAAGUUUGACAGCAGGGUGUGACAGUUUGUUUAGAAGCACAAACACAUUAAAACGAACAAUGGACAUAGAACACCUAGCAGGAGAAAAGAACUAUAUAGCGAAGCUGAUUGAAAACGGAAUGAAUUUUCAAAUCGACUUUGCAAACGUGUAUUGGAAUUCAAGGUUAAUCCAAGAGAGGAACAGAAUAAGAAAUUUGUUAGAUUCGGACGAUAUACUUGUUGAUAUGUUUGCGGGCGUCGGCCCUUUUGCUAUCUAUGCCGCCAAAAAGGGUUGCUGGGCCAAGUACAUGGAGAUCAACGCUAAGCUCAACAAAGUGCAAGACCUGGUAAAGGUGUUCAACAAGGACGCACGAGACUUCAUAUCGAAGGUAGUAAAGGAGAACAAGGUGCUGGACAAGACGGUGAAGAAGUUUGAAAAAAUGGAGUUUAAGGGGGAAAAGGUGCAUUUCAUAAUGAACCUGCCGAGAAUAGCGCUGGAGUUCCUAGACGUGUUCGUGGGACUGGCGAGCAACAUAAAGGAUAAUCCACUGAGAAGGUGCAUGGUGCACUGCUACUGCUUCAGCGCCCAAAGGGAAUACGAGGAGGAAAUCGACGAGAGAAUAACCGGAGCCCUGCGCAUGAAUCUGAAGAAGUACAAGAUAACAAAGGUGAGGAACGUGGCGCCCAGCAAGCAGAUGUACUGCGUGGAGUUCGAGUGCCCCGAGGAAAUACUGAGGUUAAACAAGUACGGACUCGCGAAGUGA